AUGGACGUCCAUUACGACUUGGAAACUGUCGAUGAAGAUCUGAAGAAAGUGCUUGCUCAUGCUACGCCAGUGAAAUGUCAAAGGUUGUGUUGGGUGAGUUCACUCAGAGCCUCAUCAGCUGCCGGAGAAACUUUCGAGAAUACUGCUUUUGAACAAUGCCAACGAAUUGAAGGGACUGAAGUGACAGACUAUGUGAGGCAAAUGUCUCGGUACACGGUUAGUUUACAAUUUCAGGUUUUCCUCGCCGGAUUAGGUUUUUUGUCACCAAAAUACGAAAGAAAAAUAAAAUAAAU